GAUAAUUUUAACCUGAAAAAUAAACCCAAACAAGGCAACAAAAGGGGCUUUACAGAUAGUGUAUUGACCUCUGAGCUGUCUACCAUGGAAAUGUUUAAGGAAUUCAUAUAGCCGUUGCAAUGGGGAUAAUUAGGAGGCCUUAUCUAAAAUUUCUGUUCUAAAACAGAAAAUGAAAAACUAAACAGGUAAAUUUCCAGAUAAUUUCGAAACCGUCGUCUUAGGCACCUUCUUAAAGGAAAACCUUUCUCAGGUUCUCUCUUUUGUGGAGAGCCACCCUCCUCCCCACCCCGACCCCUUUCUUUUCCUUACAAUAUUCUGAACAAAAAUGUCCUGCACGCCUAUUUCGAAUAAAUUACAGUUUUUUGAACGUUGAAACAUUCUUUUAUUGUUGAUCAUUUUUCUCCUUUUUAUUGCACUAUUUUAUCAUCUUUGGUAUUAAUUAUUCUACCUAUACAGGUGUAAUGGAACGCGUCAUUUGAUUUUCAUAUCAAGAUCAUCAUCAAAAAUACCAAAAAAAAAAAAUAAUUAAUUAAUGAAGAAAAUUGUAUAAAAUAAAAAGUCAUCCUGACCUUACAAUGGCUGGAGCCACUUCCUGUAUUCCUUCGUUGUUUCGUCGAAGAACGGUCAAAUUGCAGCCGACUAAGCUAUCUAAUACGCAUGUCAAACAACAGAAAGAGAUGGAAAUCCCGACUCCCAAGUCAGGCAACAGAGAAAGCAAUGGCAACAACAUUCUAAUGUUCAUGGAGCUGAGGAAGAGGAUCAUGACUUUUAGGGACAUCUUUGAUAUUCCUCCCCUAAAUGGCUCUGUUCCAAUACAUGAGCUGCUAAUUUUGACAGGAGAGGAUCUUCAUCGAAUGUACCCUGAAUUUGUACACUGUGUUCCAACAGCAAAACUGAAGGAGAGAAACACACAUGAGGGAUUGAUCAGCUUUUAUGAAGUCCUAAAGUGUGUGGGAGAUUCAGCAUGGAUAGAAGAUCCUAGGGUGAGGGACAAGUUCAAGUAUAGCAAUGUUGAAAAAAUCCCCUUGGAGGAACUCGCUAAGAUAGUGGUGACUAUAUUGGACUGCAUUAACAGGACAGCGAAAGAGAGGUUUGAUGUAAUGGAAGAGGAUGAACCAAAGGACUAUAGCUCAAGCUCAAGUCCAAGCCGAAGCUUAAGCUCAAGGUCCAUCUCUUUUGACAGGAGAUCAUUUGAUCUAGGUCCAUCAACUUGUGCUUCACCUCAUACCCCAACUUCCGUCCUACCUGAGUCCCCAAGAUAUGGAGAGUAUGGUAGUUAUUCUCCUCCUCGUCUUUGGGAUCUCAGGGUUCAAGCAGUAGAGAAAUUGAGUGCAAUGGAUUGGAAGCGCCUCUCUUUCCAUAUGAUCCUUCAGAAUAAUAUGCAGAACCAGAAGAACAGCAAAGGGCCAACUAUCAUUCCAAUGGAAGAUGGGAAAAAAGGAAAUAGUGAGGUAAAGACUGAGGCGGAUACAGAACAAGGGCCAGUUCCCAUGAUCAUAGACAUGGAAAGUAAUGAGGCACUUCAACCACCAUCCUCAAAAUCCAAGUUGGAGUCCAGUGGUCAAGAGAACCUAAAACAAUCACUAAAACCAAAUUUACAAGUUCAACUUCCAUCAGAAGAAGUAAUUACACCACCACCAUCUACCCCAUCGUCACCAACUGUCAUGUCAUCAUUUCCACCGGUCAAGCAGUUGCACUCACCCCCACCACAACCUCCACCACCACCACCACAAUUAACUGCACCCCCUCCACCACCUAAUAAUGCAAUAACUCCUCCCCCACCCCCACCCCCACCGUUAAAUUUAAGGACUCCACCACCACCGCCUCCUCCAUCCAUUUCCAGUGCUCCAUCACUUCCUUACAACUCAAGGCCUCCUCCUCCUCCGCCCCCAUCUAGUGCAACACUUCCAUCUAUGGCUGCGGUUCCAUCACCUCCGCCACCACCUCCACCCCCUUGUUCAAAGGCCCCUCCUCCCCCUCCUCCUCCACCACAUAGUGUAGGAGCUCCACCUCCACCCCCUAGUUCAAGAGCCCCUCCUCCUCCACCACCUCCUAGUGUGGGAGUUCCACAACCACCUCCACCCCCUGGUUCAAGGGCCCCUCCACCUCCACCGCCUCCUGGAGCAAGAGCUCCACCACCACCUCCAUCCCCUGGUUCUAGGGGCCCUCCUCCUCCACCACCUCCUGGUGGGGCUGCACCACCUCCACCACCACCUCCAUUUGGCUCGAAGGGUGGCCCACAAGCACCACCACCACCUAUGCCUGGUAAAGGAGGUGGACCACCACCUCCUCCUCCGGGUGCUAGGUCCCUUCGUGCAAAGAGCACCACAAAAUUGAAAAGGUCAUCUCACAUGGGAAACUUAUACCGUUUGCUCAAGGGAAAGGUGGAAGGAUCAUCUUUAACAGGAAAAUCUUCUCAAGGGAAAAAAGGAGGAGGGAGUAAUGGUAGUUCUGGUGGAGGACAGAGCAUGGCCGAUGCACUUGCAGAGAUGACUAAAAGGUCAGCAUACUUCAUGCAAAUUGAGGAAGAUGUUGAAAAGUAUGGAAAAACAAUUAAGGAGAUGCAAGGUACUCUGAGCUCAUUCCAGACAAAGGACAUGAAUGAACUGCUUAAAUUCUAUCAGAAAGUAGAAUCCACACUUGAAGUCCUCACAGAUGAGAGCCAGGUUUUUGCAAGGUUUGAAGGUUUCCCGGUCAAAAAACUAGAAGCCUUGAGGAUGGCAGCAGCAUUGUAUAAAAAACUUGAUGGAAUAUUAUCUGAAUUACAAAACUGGAAAAUGGAGUCUCCUUCGGCCCAGCUUCUUGACAAAGUCGAGAAAUACUUCAACAAGAUUAAAGGAGAACUGGAAGGUUUGGAACGAACCAAAGAUGAAGAAGCAAAGAAGUUUCAAAGCCACAACAUUCAUUUUGACUUUCAAAUUCUCGUCAAGAUUAAGGAAGCAAUGGUGGACGUCUCAUCAAGCUGCAUGGAAUUGGCACUAAAGGAGAGAAGAGAUGCAAAGGCAGCAUCAAAUGAUCAAGCUUGGUCCAAAGCAGGAGGGCAGAAAAAUGUAUGCGCCAAGAUGCUCUGGAGGGCUUUCCAGUUUGCCUUUAAAGUCUAUUCUUUUGCAGGAGGACAAGAUGAGCGCGCAGACAGCCUAACAAGGGAGUUAGCUCAAGAAAUAGAGACCGAUCCCAUGGAAGAUUAAGUGAUCAACUCCUUUACUAAAAUUAUAAUAUUAACCUAUUUAUAGUAAAUACAUUAGAAUUUUUUCUUAAGUCUUUAUUUUUAUUCUUUUCUGUUCAAGCAUUUCUUAUUGAGCAUACAAGGGUCAUUCUGAUGAUGCCCCAGUUUCCUUGAACGGCAAAUUCGUAGAUGUUAGAUUCCACCAAGAGCGUACAUCACUGAUGAGACUUGAGGAAGAAUUUUCUGCAGCAUAGCUAGCUAAUCUCUGGCUAUCUAUAUGCUGC